GCGGUGCAUUUACACAAUUCAGCCGGCCAUCGACAUCCUGCAGCCUCAGAACGUGUUCUGUCACGGCGGAAGCUACGAGUUCGGUUGUGCUGGCAAAGGUUUUCUCGGAUCAAGCUCCGAAGAGCUGUCAAAAGAGUUUCCGAGCUUGGUGCCAGUGGGAUUCAGCUGGGAGGGCUUCUGGGACUAUCAAGGAUGCAACGACAAGGAGACGGAGCCAGAAUGUCGAGCCCGAGGGCAACGACUUGUCAAGUGGCUUGUCGCCACCGCAAGAUCAAGAGGUGGGGAGCAAGGCCACACAAUCGUUUUAGUGACCCACCAGACAAUAAAUGAUUUGUUGUGCAGCAUUCUCUUGGACGGUUCAGCUCAUUCCUGGAAAUACGGACAAGUCAGGCUGCUGCAGUAG